AUGGCAAUUAUUAACCUUAACUGUGUCCUCCUUAAUGAUGAUAAUAAAACAUACUCCGAAGAUGAAAUUUUUACAAUUGAGAUUUCUAAUGAUAAAAAGUAUGAAUUGGUCAAAGAUAUG